AUGGGAGUAUAUCGCACACUAGUGCUCUGGACGGUCAUCAGCAAUGUAGCAUACACAUUUGAGCACCGCGGGCAUGGAGGCGGCGCUGCCUGCUUCGCCCUCUACGCUGGCAGGCGCGGAGCCAGGUGCUCGCGGCGCUCUCCCCUGUCGCCGGAGCAGCGGUCGCGCAUCGCCGAGCUUGAGCGUGAACUGGCGUCGGAGAUGCCCGCCGAACCGUCUUCGUCGGCUGAAUUGUUCCAUUUCGACCGAAACUUAGGCUCUUCAUAUGGCGCAAGACACCCUAGCAGUGACGAGAUUCUACUGGAUGACUUAAUACGUGACUCUGAUCAUGAGAGCGAUUCAGCCGCUGCUCGUAGAUCACGAAAACGUGAUAAAAUCGAGGUGGGUGAGGUUAAAGUUAGCAAAUUAGGGGAGCGAAACAGUCCGUCUCCACAGUUGAAGGUGGUCAAAGAGCGAGCAUGUAAACCUGCAGCACAGGAUUCAAAACUUGAAAUAUCGGAAGUAAGUAACACUAUGGCGAUAAAUCAUGCUGGGUAUGAAUCUGAGGCAUCUGAUGAUCGUCAUGACGGUUAUGGUGAUGUGGACGAUGCGCUGGGAAGCACCGAUACUGCGCAUGGUAACUCUGGUGCGGAGUCACCUGAUCAUACGUCCGUAGGCCAUGAUUCGAGCAGCGAUUCUAUCGAAGACGUGCUAAUGGAAUCCAUACGAGCUGCUGAGCAGUGGGCCAGCGACGAACAUCGGUUCCGUAACGCGGUGGCGGAAGUGUCGGACAAUAUCACUGACAACGAAAUGCUGCAGAUGGCAAAGCAGGCUGAGAUGGAAGAGAACCAGGAAGGGCCAACCAUGAAGCAGCUGUUAAAGAGUUUGGAUGAAGAGCAACCCGCGAAAACACCCGAUAACAACUGGCAGGAGCUGGUGCAGCGGUUCGAUAUUGAUGCCGACACGUCCCACUGCGUCGGCUGCGGCAUCCGCCUGCAGAGUAGUAGCGCGGCAAACCCUGGAUUCGUCGACUCCGUUGCUCUCAGUGGCGUUCUUGAGGCUAAGGGGAGACCGCGUUGUCAGCGCUGCUCCAGUAUGCGUAGUGGCCUCAUAUUCCGCGACCCAGCGAUUGCGUUGGGCGACAGUGCAACGGCUGCAGCGAGAGAGACCGUGGCAAUUCUGCGGAACGCGCUGUCGCUCAACGCCACGCGGCACGUGACGGUGGUGUACAUGAUGGACGCCAUGGAUAUCCACUUCGAGAGUGGCCUGGCCGACCUCAUAGUCUCGAGGCGCGACCAGCGCAAGGCUGAAACUCAUCUUUACGUGGUUCUAAACAAGGUGGACCUAUUGCCGCCGCAUAGCCGGAAACGUCUGAUAAUGUACGUCCACCGGUUCGUCCGGAGUCGGGCCCCCGCGUUGGGUCUGAAGCCCCGGCAUAUAUUCCUCAUGAGCGCCCGAACGGGCGACGGGGUCAAUCUGUUCCUCAGUGUCCUCCUGGACGAGGCGUAUCGCAAGCGCAGCAAGGUUUUCUUUGUGGGCGCUACCAACACCGGGAAGUCCACUUUCAUCAACCGCCUGUCCAGAUUUGUCGACACCGAGGAGAGCGGUGACACUGGCACAGAUUCUCAACCCCCUAAGCGGCAAUUGCUAUCAACGAGCGUGAUACCUGGAACCACCCUACGGCCGCUGCGUAUUGACGCAGGUCCAGGCUUCAACCUGUUUGACACUCCGGGCAUCGUGGUCCCCGACGCCUUCACAUCACACAUUACGUCGUCCGAGCUGAAGAUCGCGGUUCCUGCUUCGCUUGGUCCGGCAAAACCUUUAAGGAUAGGUUCGGGCCAAUCGCUACUGCUGGGGCAAUUUGUGCGCAUCGACGUGUUGGAGGGACGUCCCUUCUUUUUCACGCCCUACCUCUCGAAGCACGUAGAGGUGGUUGUGAAAAAUACCCGACGCGUACCUGACUUCUUGGCGAAAAUGCCAUUCGGAGAAGGACGCAUCUUCUAUGCAACAGGAGAGCCGACUGCGAGUUCCCUGAAGCCGGGUAUGUCCUGGAACUCCUCGGUUCAAAACAAUAUCGAAAAGACAGCUUUGGGCGAUGACGCGGACGUUGACAACGGCAUGAAAAUGUGUUGGAACUCAUCAAGCACCGAUGAAUGCCCGGACGAUCAGGAGUCAGCGGUGGAACCGAACACCGAUGAGGCCACUUCAGAGUCGACGGUAGACGAUGACACCUACCCCAACGAAACUGUCAACGUCAAGCCAGAAUGCAAUGCAGUAGGAAACAUUGACACAACUACUAAUUACGUUCGGAGUUUGUCUAACGGCGGCGAUGCCGCUCGGCCCGGCUGUAACGAGACACCACCAACUACGUCCUUCGAAGUCAGCGUGAUUGGCGAGGGUUGGGAGCGCGCGACAGCGGACCUCUGCAUCAAGGGACUUGGCUUCGUGAGCCUCGCUGGUGCUCUGGAGCUGCGGCUGCGCGUCGAGACGCUGGAGGGUGUCUCCGUUUACAUGCGUGAGCCACUGAUGGCCUACGACGGCAUCCCAUUCGCACGAAAACGACUCCCCGCUAAGGCACAAGGACGCCACAGGAAUGGCUAA